AGUAGCAGGAGCUAAAACCCCAAAUGACAUUUGGCGUGACAUCCAGAUGACAAAAACUCGCGGUUAGUCCGUGACAAAACGAUAUAAAAUAAGAAAAGUAAAAAAUCGGGCGAAAAUUAAUCGUUGAAGAUACCGCGAAUCGAAAAAAAAAUGUUUUAAGUUAUUGUAUAAUUGGUAAAAAGUAAAUAAGUAGUGCAAAGUUGAUUGAUUAAAAAUAACAAAUAAUAAUAAUAAAGAGCAAAAAAGAAACGAUGUUAAUAAACGGGUUAAAACCAAGACACAAAUAAUGCGUAUUAGCAAAACGGCGUUUUUGGCCCUGGUCUCAAUGAUCCUUUUUUCGGUAUUCAUCGCAAACGUAACGAAUUUAUUAAAUAACGAUGUGAUAUAUGUUAAACAGGAAAGGAUUAUCGAUAAAGAAAAGUUUAUUCCUAUGACUGAUACAGCUAGUAAUUUAAUUUGGUUUCUUCAGAUAACUGAUAUUCAUAUAAGUGUGUUUAGAGAUCCAUUUAGAAUAACCGAAUUAAAAGAGUUUUGUGACCAAACAAUAGACAUUAUAAAACCAGUUGUUGUUUUAGCAUCUGGUGAUUUAACCGAUGCCAAAACGAAAGAUAACAUUGGUUCAAAACAAAUUAAACAAGAAUGGGAGUAUUACAAGAAUGUUUUAAAGGAAUGCAAUAUUGAACAUAAAACUGUAUGGUUGGAUAUACGUGGUAAUCAUGAUAAUUUUAAUGUAGUAAAUUUUGAAUCGAAAGAAAACUUUUUUCCCAACUUUUCAAUCCAAGGCAGAAAACAUUCCAGAUCAUACAUGUAUCAAAUAAAACGUCACGAUCAAAUCUAUUCGUUCAUAGGGGUCGAUGCCUGUUUAGAACCAGGCCCAAAACGCCCAUUUAAUUUCGUUGGAAUGCUCGAAAACGAUGAAGUAACUCUCAUCCAUAAAUUAAUUAAAAGAGUUAAAUCGACCGGAAGUAAUCACACCGUUUGGUUUGGACAUUUCCCAACAUCUUGUAUAGUAACAGACGGCGAUCAAACGAUUAGAGACAUUAUUGGGGAAUUAGAUCAAUCGAUAGUUUACGUUUGCGGUCAUUUGCAUACUUUAGGUGGUUUAGUUCCAAAUAUGUACACUUUGCAACGCGAAGGUUACUUGGAAUUGGAAUUGGGCGACUGGAAAGAUAAUCGUAGAUUUCGUUUGAUGGCGAUUGAUCAUGGUACAUUUUCGUUUGUCGACGUUAAUCAUCGAGAUUGGCCGAUUAUUUUGGUCACAAAUCCGAAACAUGAACAGUUCAUGUUGGUGGGAAGAGACGAAGCUGGCGUUAUCCUUAAUUCUUCUCAUAUUCGCGUUUUGGUCUUUUCUUUGGGAAAAAUUGAGACCGUUAAAAUUCGAAUCGACUCAGAACAUUGGAGGGAAUGCCGAAAUGUUGAUCGGGGACCUUUGUAUGUUAUCGAAUGGAGCCCAGAAAUGUAUACUUUUGGUAUGCAUACUUUAGAAGUUUUUGCAAAAGAUGAAGAUGGCCGAUACAAAAUGGAAAAAAGUCGGUUCUCUUUAGAUGGAAAAAGAACUGCUUUUUCAUUUUUAGCUAGAGUAGCAUUAAUGACUGAUGCAAGUACAGUUUUUAAAGCAAUGUUUGGAUCUGCAAUGGUGGCUUCAAUAAUUCCAUUAAUAAUUUGUCGAAUUUUACAUCGAUUAGUAAAAAAAGAAAAAAUAAAUAAACCAAGUCUUCGUCAAGGUUUUUUUAAGACUUGGUUUCGUCGUUUAUGGAUUUUAUCAUCAAUAGAUCGAAUAUUUUACCCUUUAGUCCUGUACCCGAUUUAUUUAUGCAUAGGACCUUGGUCAGUUGGUUACAUAAUUGAAGAUCACAUCGGGUUUAUUUUUCCCUGGGGAAUUUACAUCAACAAUAAAUUUUUACCUGGAUCAUUCACCUACUUUUACGGCUUUUUACAAUUUGUAACUUUUCAAAUUCCGAUUACAUUCAUUUUGGCGAGUGGAGUUAAUCAUCGUUACAAGAACAUCGUUUUAAAUAUCAGUAAACCAACAUCGUGCAAAAAAAUUUUAGCACUUCAUUUACCCUUUUUGAUUUUAAUCAGUAUACAAAUUUUUAUGGCUUAUUUUUUUUGGCUUGCCUACGGAACCAUGGCGUUUAUUUUAGGUCCAUUAAGAACUUGGUCAAUAAUCUUAGCCUUGAUAUUGUGGCAUCAAGCUUUGAGAUAUCCUGAAAAAUGUGCUGCAGGUGCUGCAGCAAUUUGGGAUAAUAAACCAACGGAUGAAGCAAAUGUUUCUGUUUUUAGAUUAAAUCCCAUGUAGUCCAUGUAAAGUUGUUAUUUCAAAGAAAUAAUUUAAUUUUAUCAUUUAAAUUUUUUUAUUUAUAAAAAAAGAUAAAUGUUAAUUGUCGACUGAUCGUUAACUGUGAACCCCCAGGACCAUUUUGUAUGUAACCAAAUAACUUCUUGCACUUAGGUGUACGCGUUGUGACCACAUUAAAAAGAAUCCAAUGAAUUUUAUCCUCUAUUUAUCGAUGUACUGAAAUAGGUUUUAAAAUGUUGUUUCUGUGAUACUGUGUACGGCUGUUUUUUACGUCUAGAAUUUAAUAAAAAAGUGCAUUUCUUUCGGUGGAAUUAAAUCCGAAAAAAAUAUA